UGGUGGUCUUGGAGGCACGACUGUUUGUGAAUCGACACCGAAUGGCAUAGGUGUAGGAUAUGGAGGCUUGGGUGGAGUUGGCGGUACAACGGUCUGUGAGACCACAACACCUAGUAUCGGAAUAGGAGCGUCUGGUUAUGGAGGUGUUGGCAUGGGUGGUACUACAAUAUGUGAAACUACACCGAGUAUGAGCUUUGGGCACGGGUAUAAUCCGUACGGUGUAAGUGGUGUCGGUGUUGGAGGUACUACGGUCUGUGAGACUGUACCUAAUAUAGGCUCUGGAGGGAUUGGAGGUACAACGGUCUGUGAGACUACAAAACCUAGCCUAGGAUUUGGAGUAGGUUAUGGGGGCGUAGGUGGGAUUGGUGGUACCUCAGUCUAUGAAACCAUCCCGAGCUAUGGAAUGGGCUACGGUAUGGGUGGUAUAGGUAUGGGUGGUAUAGGUAUGGGUGGGGUAGGUAUGGGUGGGCUUGGUGGUACCACAGUUUAUGAAACCACCCCGAGCUAUGGAAUGGGCUACGGUAUGGGUGGUAUAGGUAUGGGUGGUAUAGGAAUGGGUGGUCUAGGUAUGGGUGGGCUUGGUGGUACCACAAUCUAUGAAACCAUCCCGAGCUAUGGAAUGGGCUACGGUAUGGGGGGUCUAGGUAUGGGGGGUCUAGGUAUGGGUGGUAUAGGUUUGGGUGGGCUGGGUGGUACCACCGUCUUUGAAAACAUCCCGAGCUAUGGAAUGGGCUACGGUAUGGGUGGUAUAGGUAUGGGUGGAAUUGGUAUGGGUGGGAUUGGUGGUACCACAGCCUAUGAAACCAUCCCGAGCUAUGGAAUGGGCUACGGUAUGGGUGGUAUAGGUAUGGGUGGUGUAGGUAUGGGUGGUCUAGGUAUGGGUGGGCUUGGUGGUACCACAGUCUAUGAAACCAUUCCGAGCUAUGGAAUGGGCUACGGUAUGGGGGGUCUAGGUAUGGGUGGUAUAGGUAUGGGUGGGAUUGGUGGUACCACAGUCUGUGAAACCAUACCGAGCUACGGAAUGGGCUACGGUAUGGGGGGUCUAGGUAUGAGUGGUAUAGGUAUGGGUGGGAUUGGUGGUACCACAGUCUGUGAAACCAUACCUAGCUACGGUAUGGGGGGUCUAGGUAUGGGUGGCAUAGGUAUGGGUGGGCUUGGUGGUACCACAGUCUGUGAAACCAUCCCGAGCAAUGGAAUGGGUGGUCUAGGUUGUGGUGGUCUUGGAGGGUCUACAGUCUGUGAGACCAUCCCGACUGUAUCCUACGGUUGUAAUGCAGGUUUAGGAUACCCGUAUGCCCAGGGUGGGUACCCUGGGUAUGGAUCUCUCGGUUGCGGAGGCCUGGGUGGUUUAGGUAUGACUCCUUUUUUAUGA